GCUCACGGGCCUCCUCAGAGCAGCCCCGGAGGAAGUAAGUGCCACCAGCACCUCCCAGCCCGGGCCCGGAGCCCCCGGAACCGGAACCCACGCCACCCCGACCCUGGGUCACCCGCUGGGCCCCAGGCCGCAUCCCCAGGUCGAGGAGCAGCUGGGAGAAGAUGGAGCCGGAGCCCCUCUACAACCUGCUACAGCUCCCCAAGGGUGUGGCGCUGCCCGGGGAGGAGGUGGAGGAGGAGCUGCCCCAAGGAGGAAAGAAGAAAUACCUGCCACCCGCUUCCCGGAAGGACCCCAAGUUCUUAGAGCUGCAGAAGGUGCUGACGGAGUGGAUCAACGCCACCCUCCUGCCGGAGCACAUCGUGGUCCGCAGCCUGGAGGAGGACAUGUUCGAUGGGCUGGUCCUGCACCACCUCUUCCAGACACUGUCGGGGCUCAAGCUGGAGGCUGAGGAAAUCGCCCUGACCACUGCCAGCCAGAGGCGCAAGCUUGAGGUGGUGCUCGGGGCUGUGCGUCAGAGCCUGGGAGCAGAGGAGCCGCAGGACGUGUGGAGUGUGGACGCCAUCUUCAACAAGGACCUGCUGGCCACCCUGCACCUCCUGGUGGCCCUCGCCCGGCGCUUCCAGCCCGACCUGGCCCUGCCGCCCGACGUGCGGGUGGAGGUCAUCACUAUCGAGAGCACCAAGGGCGGCCUCAGGUCAGAGAAGUCGCUGGAGCAGCUCACCACGAGCAGUAUGGACAAGGACCAAGCUCCAGGGGAUGUCUUCGAUGAAUUAUUCAAGCUGGCUCCGGAAAAAGUGGGCACCGUGAAAGAGGCCAUCAUGAGCUUUGUCAACCAGAAGCUGGAGCGCCUGGGGCUGUCGGUACAGGACCUGGACACCCAGUUUGCAGAUGGAGUCAUCUUACUCUUGCUGAUUGGACAGCUGGAAGGCUUCUUCCUGCACCUGAAGGAAUUCCACCUCACCCCCAGAUCUCCUGCAGAAAUGCUGCACAACGUCACCCUGGCCCUGACCCUGCUGAAGGAUGAAGGCCUGCUCAGCCACCCUGUCAGCCCCGAAGACAUCGUGAACAAGGACGCCAAGAGCACGCUGCGGGUGCUCUACAGUCUCUUCUGCAAGCACAAGCUGAAGGUGGACAAGGACGGGAGGCCCCAGGCACCCACGAAUUAGCCGCUUCUGUCCCCUGAAGCUGUUCCUCCCACCCCUGCCCUGCCUCUUCCGCAGCAGUGUCUCUACUCUGGGUGUGGAGCCCUCUGGAGCCAACCUGAGCUUGUUCAGUUUA